AUGGAAAGGUACAAAGGAGACAGCUCUAAUUCUUCGAGGUCUUCGACUAGAAUGAGGCAGUGCUACGUUUAUCGGGAAUGGAUUUCAAUUCAACAAUGCGAAUGCGGACAAGAAAUGGGUUUGAAGACAUCAUGGACAAAUGAGAAUCCAGGGCGGAGAUAUUGGGAAUGUUCAAGAUGUAAGGCUGAUUCACGUGGGUUUGUGAGGUGGUAUGAUCCCCCGAUGUGCCCUAGGUCAAAGAGGAUAAUACCCGAGUUAUUGAAGACACUUAACAAAACUGAAGAAGAAAAUGGAGCAAUGAGAGUACUGGUAAUUGGCAAGAAUGUGCCUAUGCUCCCAUAA